AUGAGACUCCUUUACGUCGUGCUCUUCCUAUUUGGGGUAUGUUUAGCCUGGGAUAAAGACGACUACGAGAUAUUCAAGCUCAAUGAUCAGAUCCAGCAGGUUUUAGGAGCAGAAACGACGUUCUACAGCUGGUUGGGCUUGGAGCAGGGACCAAGCUCGACUCGCGACGAGAUCAAACGGGCGUAUAGACAGCUUUCUCGGAAAUUGCACCCCGAUAAGGCGUCGUCGGCGCCGCGCAAAGCUCAAAAGCAAGCAGAGGAGGUGUUUGCUAUGCUCUCGUUGGUGGGGGACAUUUUGUCUGACCAGUCCAAAAAGAAACGGUACGACUAUUUCCACGCGAAAGGGUUCCCCAAAUGGAAAGGGACCGGUUACUACUAUUCGAAAUUCCGCCCCGGGUUGGUGUUCACCAUGGUGUUGUUGUACGUUUUGGUUGGUGUUUUCCACUAUUUUGCUUUGCGGAUCAACAGGUUGCAGAACUUCAAGAGGAUUGCAAACAUUAGAAGUGAUGUCAAGUCGCAGGCGUGGGGUGGGUCGCAGGUCCCGCCCGCUGAUGGGUCAGAUAGACGGUUGACGAACGAGAUGAAUGGCAAGGUUUUCCUCGUGAAGAACACGGGCGAAGUUUACAUUGAGGAUGGAGAGGAGUUGCAUCUUGUGGAUGAACAUGAAAUCAAUGUCAAUCCCGUUUUCAAAGAUACCUUGUUCUUUAAAUUGCCGGCCAAAUUGUACAACGCUACGUUGGGACGAUAUUUGAAGCCGAUUGACACUUUGGUUCAGUUUGCAAAACGCGAGGAGGCUAAGGAAGUUGCAGAGCCAGCGAAAGUGGUGAAAAAGAAACAGCCAAAGGGGAAGAAAAUGGAACUCGCCAAUGGUAAAGUUGUCUACAGUAGAAAGAAAUAA